AUGUCCUCAAAGUCUGGCUCCGAUGAUGGAGAACAAGAGUCGAGAUCUGAGGCGGACAGUCCGGUGAAGGCGGAAGAUAAUGUGGCUCAGUCUACCAAGCCUGCUGCUAAGAGGCGCACUAAAACUGGAUGUCUGACUUGCCGGAAGCGGCGCAUCAAAUGUGAUGAAGAGAAACCUUCCAAACGGGAGUGCGCCGGCUAUGUCCAACCGCUUGUCUACAAGCAACAGCAAGGCUAUACUGGGAUGGGGCCAGGAAUUCGUGAGCCACAUGUACAUGAUUUCGGUUAUCCUCCGAGGGACUCAGCCAUUCCAUACUUCCACCCACAGCCCGAAACCGGCCCGUACAUGCCAUAUACCGGUCACGACCAGAAUGCAUAUGUCAAUGAGGCUACUUACAGAACUCCUCUAAGCGCUGUACCAUCAUAUCAUUAUCCCGAUCCUUCCAACUUCACCAUUCACUCGGCGCCACAGUCGGGCCUCGAUGACGCCGAAUCUGGCGGUUUCAAUGGUCACCAUAUGCAGCACUUCGAGAAUGCUUUACACCGGACGCCGAGCUUUGCAGCUGGUCAGGGCAAUGUGUGGCCUGCCCGUGGGGGAUGGACGCCCGAUGUUCAGCAUAUCUAUGAGCCACAUCCAGUCUCGUAUAGGGCCACAGCCGUUCCGAGUGGCAUGGCCGAUGUUCCAGCCUCCGGGUAUCUGCCACACACAUACGAACAGCUUCCUAGGCAUCAUCUCUCGCAAGACGCGCAUCAGUCGAAGUUCCCUCGGUCUCGCGAUUCACGCCUCGUGACACCCACCGAGGAGCUAGACGGCUGCGGCAACGGCCACCCUGGAAAUUUAUUCAGUGCCAACGGCGAGUACAAAGCGUAUCCAGAUGAUCGUGAGGUGGGUUGGCAUCACGGACAGACAGGCGGUCUCGCAUCAGACCGGAUACAGGCUCAGCCUAACAGAAGUCAGCGCCCAGGGAUGCUGAGAUCAAUCAGACCAACACAACCUCUGUCUCCAGUCUUCGAUGAACGUAACGAAAAGGUCUUCCGGCAUUUCGUUGACGUUCUCGGGAUUUGCAUGUCGACAUUCGAGAGACACCCAACAAACCCCUUGGCACCGCCUCAGCAGCACCUCUGGUCCUACACAAUGGCAUCGGCAGCUUUCGCAAAUCCUGCGCUGGCUCAUGCAAUUUUAGCAGUGUCCAGCCUCCAUAUAUCGAAGAUACAGCACACUUCAGACAGUAUAGCACUGAAACACUUUACUUAUGCAGCUCGCCGGGUAGGAAAGCUGUUAAGUGUGGCGGGAAAGAGACACGAAGCAACGACGCUUGCCACGGUUCUGCUGCUUGGAUAUUAUGAGAUACUGAACGCGGAUCAUUCGAGGUGGAAUUUGCAUCUUGCUGGAGCCACGAAACUCCUAAGUGAGCAAGACAUCACGAGAAUGUCACGGAGGGUGAGAGCUGCGAGAAAGCGCGCCUUACAAAUCUCGACCAACGGCAUUGCAAGCUCGAGUUUGCCCACGGACGAUGCUUUCAGUGCCGGCAUUGCACCUUCUCUCUUUGACGAGAUAGAGUGGGACGUGGAUGUCAGCUUGAUACAGGAACUGACAGGGGAAGCAAUUCAAUACGAUGAAGUAGAACCCGGCAUUUUGGCGACACCUGACUACAGGGCGGUCUCUGAGGCAGAAAUUGGAACCCAUCGCACCAAAAUGGAUCUCUGGUGGUGGUUCUGCAAGCAAGAUCUCUUCCAGUCUAUGGUUUCCGGCGACCGGCUGCUCAUGCCCUACGGGCACAACAUAUCAUGCCCACCAAGAGGGAAGAUCAAUGUGCCUGAUCGGCCAUAUGGGACAUUUGAUCACCUUGUCCUCAUCAUGUCACGCCUGUCUGACUUCGGAGGAAGGGAUCGACACCGCAAACAGCGCUCAGUCACAGCUCAGGGAGGCCAGUGGAUGCCGCCGGCAUGGCUGUCUGUUACUCCAGAGGGGCCACCUCAGUCGAGUCGAAACACACCUUUCUCUCCCAACGCCACACAUCCUUCUCAUCCCACAAAGCUCACCUCAGCCGGAUCAUCCACGCAGGGACUCAAGCCCGCUGUCCGGGACCGCAAUCCCAGUGCCAACGAGGGCAGAGCUAUACAACGGGGACAUCCCGAAGGCGUACAAUCUGCUGGGGAGGGUGCUGGGUUCGGCAUGAUGCCUCAAGCGUCUGGAAGCCCGAAGAUGCACUCCGCAUUUCGUUCCCUGGAGAAGUCGAUCAACAAUGGCGCCUCAUAUCAAGCUGAGCCGAGGUUGACAGAGGCCGCCCGGGAAUUGAGUCUUGAGGAAGAGACUAAGCUGGCCUACGCCGAACACAAACAAAUCGUCAAAGUGUUCGCUGUCUUCCGAAGGUCUCUAGGCCCAGGAUUUCAAGCGCUGCCAGAUGAUGGAACAGACUUCUCGUCACCGUUCGGGCGGGCUCUGCGCUUUGCUGGACCCGAGAUCGCCUGUGUGUGGGCUCACUACUAUGUAGGACUGACGCUGAUCCAACGCCUUCACCCAGACAUGCCACCUGCUGCGAUGAUUGCCGCUGGAAUUACAGCUGGUCUGACGAAAGGCUAUGCACAGGCAGUCGGUCAAAUUUGUGCUGGAUUGUUUGCAUCCCUCCCUGCUGCCGCUCCUGGACAACCGCUUUCACCACGCUUCGCGGCGGCAUUCAUGGAGAUCUCAUUCGCACUACUAUUUUGCGGUGUACAGUACAUUGACGCGUUACAACGAGGCUGGAUAGUCGCAAAGCUUCACAACAUUGCUCAGAUGACUGGUUGGCAAACAUCCGCUGCUGUUGCUGCCGCAUGCGAGAUCGCAUGGGAACGAAUGGCACAAGCUGGCCGAGGCCCGCCGUACACACGCACAACAUAUGACCCAUCUCUUCAGAGCGAUAUCCGAAUAGCUCCACUUGUCGCUCAGCAUGUCGCUGCAGUUUCAGAAGUCGAGGGCGAGCAUGAUUCUCAGAUAUUGAACCACGAUAGGUCACUUAUCAGCAAGCACGGCUCAAGUAGAGUGCAUUGGGCUAUGGGAAUAAUGUCCGUUGAAGAAGACAUGCGGCAAAUGAAUAUCGGAGCUGGGUGA